AUGGUUUUGAAGGUUAAACUUUGUGAUGAAAAUCCUAAAUCACGGUUGGUAGUCUCACAUAUUACAAAUAUUGUUGAAAAAUCAAAAAAAUCAAUUAUAAUUACAAAUGCAGGAAUAGCAUCAGCUACAGGAAUUUCAGAUUUCUAUUCUACAGAUGGGGUCUAUAAGUUUAUAGAAAAGCAAUGUCCGAGUGUCAUAAUGAAUGGAGACGAUUUAUUCAAUUCAUUGAUGUUUCAAAACCAUGUUUCUUCUUCAAUCUUUUAUUCAUUCAUGGCAGAAUUACAAGCACUAAUUCUUUCAGCUAGAUCGAAGAAUACAAACAGAUUUGUACAGAUAUUAAAAGAUAGAUCGUCUCUUUUACGGUGUUAUAUUCAAGACAUUAAUGAUUUAAGAUCACAAGAAAGAUUAUGUGUAGAAACAAUAAAUAUGAAAAAGAAUAAUAUGUAUGAGCUUCAUGAAGAUGUUAAUAAGUCGAGAUGUAUGAUUUGUGGUAUAGACUGUGAUUAUACAGUAGAGCAAAUUGAACUUUUAAAAAACAAAGUAAAACCAGACAAUUUUGAAUGUACAAGUAAAAAUAAGGAAAUAAAGAACGAAAAAAAAAAACACAGGACACAGGAUUUGCAGCAAGAUGUAGUGUUUUACGAUAAAACUCAUCCAAUUAGCGACUUCUUAACUCAAGUAGCUGCUUCUAAUAUUAAAAAACGACCCGACCUAUUGUUAAUUAUCGGAAUAUCUCUUAGAAUAAUAGCUAUUAAAUCUCUAAUUAAAGAUAUUUCAAGAAUUGUUCAUUCGAAUGGAGGAAGUGUUAUUUUUAUUAACCAUACGGAACCUUCUUAUAAUGAAUGGAAAAAUAUCAUUGAUUGGUAUGUUGAAGCAGAUUGUGACGAAUGGGUCGAAAAUCUUAAAAGGAAAUCAUCUAUGUUUAUACGUCAAUCUCAACAUCCUGUAAUGCCGGCUAAAAAAAAAAAUCCACAUUCAAAAAAACAUUCAAAAAAGCCUAAAAAAAGCAUGCCAAUUGUCUCUAAUUUUUCAGAUUCAGAUUCUUCCCCCAUCCAAAAAAAAACUUAUGUUAAUUAUGAACUAAAAGAUUCACAAAAAAGAAUAACAUCAAGUACAUGUAAAAUUAAUUUUUCUAUUCCUCCACCUAAAAUGGGACCUUUGAUUAAAAACGAAACUCAUAGUCAACGGAAAUUUAAAACAAAAAAUAAGUCAUAA